AUGGUCGAUGAGGAUUUUCUACGUAGAUGGCCUGGUCUUGCAGUGGUAGAAGUGCUCGAUGAGGUACAAAUGUAUCGAUUUAAAGAAGUUAUGGGUGGCCUUGAACGAUCCUUCACGGGUUCAGACGUCGCGGCGGAUGUAUUUCGAAUUGAGGUCGAUCGAGCAAGUCCAUUCGUGGGAAGCUUGCUUAUGUUUGCCCGAGUGGAUGGUGGUCGUAUGGAAGCACUGCUGUUACCAAUUGAGCUCGUAGCGGGAGGUCGUGUAGAGGUUGAGGUGCUCGAAGCGGUUGAUAUGGUUGUUCUUCGUGGUUUGAUAGUAGGUAAACGACUCGGUGAAGCUGUACCCUCGGGAGCUGCAGCCACAGGUUUACGAAUUGACCUCGUCCUUGAUGGUAUUGUCGACAUGAUUUAUAAGCUAUGUAUGGAUUGA